AUGGUAUCUUUUUACAAAGACAUUGAUAACUUGUUUGCCCAUUUAGUGAGAAUUACUUAUUGUUGUGAAGAUAAGUUUACUGUUCUAGAGCGGCCAUCAUCAAAGGCAGAUAAAGAAAGGAAGAGCACUUUAAGCAUACCACCAACUACUGCCAUAGACACACAGCCUUCAGGGAACAAAACAAGAUCACAAGUCCCUGUAACAUCUUCAUCAGUAGAUAUUGAUGAGGUAGAAGUAGAUGAAGUUGAAUAUGAAAACAAGACUGAUGAUACCUACUAUAACAUUAGAGAAAGUCCGUACAGAAUUAAAGUAGACAACCUACUUAAAUAUGUUACAUCUGGAAAGGUGGACUUCGAAGCUGAAUUCAAGAAACUCAACAAAGAUUUGGAUUUGACAAAGCACUGCAGCGUCGCUAAAGAUCCUCAAAAUUUGGCCUUGAACCGGUAUAACGGCAUUUAUCCUUAUGACCAUUCCAGAGUGACCAUCCAAGAUCUGCCAGAUUUCUUUAUAAAUGCUUGUUACAUAGAUGGUUACUGCAAGGAGAAAGAAUAUAUUGCAUCAUUAGGGCCAACAUCAAAGACCACUGCUAACUUCUCCACGUUCUGGUUGAUGGUAUGGUACAAGAAAACUGACAUUGUUGUCAUGUUAACCAAUCUUAGAGAAACAUCUGGUAUGAAAUGUGAGCAGUACUGGCCGGAGGAGGAUACGGAGAUAGAGUACGGGGAUAUUACAGUAAAAUGUCGGAGUGUUGAAGCGUUUGCUGAAUAUACUGUUAGAACUUGCACUAUAAUAAAGGGAAAAAAUGAAAGGCAGAUAAUUCAACUACACUUCACAGCAUGGCCGGAUAAAGGUGUUCCCCAGGAGGUGACAAGUCUUGUAGAGUUCAGACAAAGGGUGAAUGCAGUUCCUAAGACAUUAGGUGGACCAAUAAUAGUUCAUUGCAGUGCUGGAGUAGGGAGAACCGGAACAUAUAUCGGCCUUGACAUUCUGACACAGGAAGGAAAGGAGAAAGGCUCUGUAGAUGUAUUCGAUUGUGUAAACAGAAUGAGACAUCAAAGAGUCAACAUGGUUCAAACCGCUGAGCAGUACAAGUUUCUACACAAGGCUCUCGUCCAUUCACUCUCAUUCGGAUGUGAGACAUUGACAGCUGAAGAAAUACAGAGAAUCAUGUAUGAAGCAGACGACAAUACAUUCAUGAAAAUAUACAAGACAUUGGCACUAGAAGUUGACAUUGAGACGGAGGAUGAAAUAAACGCUAGAGAAGAAAACAGAAAAAGAUACAAAGACAAAAAUAGACGAAAUUCUAAUGUACCAUGUGAUAGCAGCAGAGUGCGUUUGUUUCUUAGCAGAACAGAAGGCAAAAAUGACUAUAUCAACGCUGUCUUUAUCAACAGCUUCAGGAUCAAGAAUUUGUUCAUUGCUGCACAAACACCACUUCCUAAGACUGUAGAGGACUUUCUCAGCAUGGUAUUCCAGCAGCACACGUGUUGUGUUGUCGCGCUCGAGGAUCAGAAUGCUCCCGGCAAAGAUGUCGGACAAUACCUUCCGGCUGAUAACGAGACUGAUACAUUCGGAAAUUUUUCUGUAACAAGCUCAAAAUAUGAAACAAAGUCACAAUAUAUCUUAAAGCAACUGACAGUCAAAGAUAAUACGAAGGACCAGAAGAAAUCUGUGUUUCAUUUCCAAUACAAAAACUGGCAAACAACGAAGAAAGUACCUGACAGCGCCAUGGAUUUUGUACAAUUUAUUAAAGACGUUGAAAAAUGUGUAGCUAAUGACCCGGAAGAUAAUCCCAAUAUCAUUGCACAUUGCUUGAAUGGUUUUGAGAGAAGUGGGUUGUUUUGUGUCGUAUACAAACUUCUAGAGAAACUUGAAGCUGAACGACAAGUCAGUGUAGUUAAUGUAGUCAGGAAGAUCCGUACACACCGACCACAAUCAAUUACAUCAAUGGAACAAUUGAAGUUCUGUUAUGAGUGUGUUUCAGCGUAUCUGGAGAUUUACAACACGUACUCUAACUUUGCAUCUUGAGUUUACUGCAACUUUACUUGUUAACUUAAUGUUGACAACGUGUUAAUUGAAACAUAAUUGUAAACUUAUUGUUUUCAUCAUGUUUUUCAAUUUACUGGCAAACUUAAAACCACAACUUGUUAAUUUACAUGAUCUCUAUAUAUAUAUU